AUGAGCGGAUCAAAAUCAAACCAAAAUGCUGCUGCACCAUCAAAUAUUCGUCAAUCACGACAAUGUAUGGCUCGAAACUACCUUCUUGUGUGGGUAGAUGCCAACAUCGACCAAGCAGACAAGGACUGCCAAGACACACUCACUCAAUUGAAGAGUGUGGUCAGUAAUAUCAACUUAUGCACUGAACCGAAUCAGUGCAUCCAAGUACUCAACAAGGCUGACAAACAACAAGCCUUUGUCAUAACAUCAGGCUCAUUAGGCAAAAAUUUAGUUCCUAAAAUUCAUGACAUGCCACAGUUAGAUGCAGUUUAUAUUUUUUGUGGCGACAAAUCCAGACAUCAAGGAUGGACACAAAACUGGACCAAAAUUAAAGGUGUCCAUACAAAUAUCAAAGACAUUUGUCAAGCAUUACGAUUGGCUGUUAAACAAUGUGAUCAGGAUACAAUAGCCGUAAGUUUUCUCGCGGUCAAUGAAAUGGCUUUAACUAAAAAUUUAAAUCGGUUGGAGCCAACCUUUAUGUAUACACAGUUAUUCAAGGAAAUUCUCCUUGAUAUCAAAUAUGGUGACAAGGUAAUUCAGGACUUGGCAAAAUGUGGUCGCGAAGUUUUUAGUGAUGAUCCAACUGAAUUAAACAUUAUUAAUAAAUUCGAGCGUGAUUAUGAUCCAGAAAAAGCAAUAUGGUGGUAUACAUGUGAGUGUUUUACCUACAAAAUGCUCAAUAAAGCACUUCGAAUUAUGGAUGCCGAUAUAAUCAUUACUAUGGGCUUCUUCCUACGUGAUAUUCAUCAACAAAUUGAAAAACUGUACAAACAACAAGUCAGUAGUUAUGGAAGAAAACCUUUUGAAGUGUAUCGAGGCCAAGGUCUAAUGAAAUCAGACUUCGAAAAACUUCAGAAAGCAGAAGGUGGCCUUAUGUCAUUUAACAAUUUCUUGUCCACCAGUCGAAAUGAAGAGGUGUCUCUCGAAUUUGCUCGACGUGCUUUAUCAAAGCUAGAUACGGUUGGCAUUCUCUUUAUAAUGUCGAUUGAUCCUUCUAUUAAAUCAACACCAUUUGCCUCUAUUAAUGAAUAUAGUUAUUUCGAGGCAGAAGAAGAAGAAAUUUUGUUCUCAAUGCACACCGUCUUUCGAGUGAAUGCAAUUAAACAAAUGGACAAUAAGAAUCAACUUUAUCAAGUUGAAUUAGAAUUAACAUCGGAUGAUGACCAACAACUACGAUUACUUACUGAUCGGAUACGAGAAGAAGCUGGCGGUAGUACUGGAUGGAAAAGAUUGGGCAACUUAUUAAUUACUAUUGGUCAAUUUGAUAAAGCUGAACAACUUUAUAGCGUAUUACUCGAACAGACAUCUAAUAAAAGUGAAAAGCAGCAUUACUACAAUCAGCUGGGAUAUAUCAAAGAUGAACAGGGUGAUUAUGAAAACGCUAUUGAGUAUUACGAAAAAGCACUUACAAUUAAAGAAAAAACUCUUCCUUCAAACGAUCCUUCAUUGGCUACUUCGUACAACAACAUCGCUGGUGUAUAUUACAGCAUGGAAGAGUACUCGAAAGCACUUUCGUAUUACGAAAGAGCACUUGAAAUCUAUCAAAAAACUCUUUCUUCAGAUCAUCAGCUUGAUUUGGCUACUUCAUACAACAACAUGGGUAUGGUUUAUAAAAGCAUGGAGGAGGAUUUAAAGGCUCUUUCAUACUACGAAAAAGACCUUAAAAUUCGUCAAAAAACUCUUCCUUCAACCCAUCCAUCUUUGGCUAAUUCAUACAACAACAUCGCUGGUGUGUAUUACAGUAUGAAAGACUAUUCAAAAGCACUAUCAUAUUAUGAACGUGCUCUGGACAUCAAAGAACGGUCAUUACCUCCAACUCAUCGUGACAUUAAAGCUGUAAAAAAUAAUAUUGAAAUUGUAAAGGAAAAAAUGGAAAGGGAUAGUUGA